AAAGCCUCUAGUCUGCCAGACCACACGAAGAAGAAGAGAAGGUACCGCUAUCGUUACACAGAGCCUGAAAAAGAAAAAGCAAGGCGUUUUCUCAAGAAAUACAACUAGAAUUGAAUUUAAACGCUGACUGAAAUACAGUUGCGAGCUUAGAAAUAUUAUCAACCCCGGCCCCAGUUUGGUCUGGAUAUCCCCUGGAGAGAAAUCCCAGCAAAAUAGACAGGCCUGCGCUGCCCUCUGCCACGUGUGUCUCUCUCUGCGCCUUGUCUUGGAUAUCCUGCCGUCCGGAGGGAUAUGGAUACUACGGAGUGUCCGCUGUGUUUGGAGCCGCUGGAGAUAGAUGAUGCCAACUUCUUCCCCUGCACCUGCGGCUACCAGAUCUGCCGCUUCUGCUGGCACCGUAUCCGAACGGACGAGAACGGCCUCUGCCCUGCCUGCAGAAAGCCUUACCCAGAAGACCCAGCGGUGUACAACCCCCUGUCAGCGGAGGAGCUGCAGAGGAUAAAGGAUGAGAAGAAGGCCAAACAGGUGGAGAAGAAACUGAAGACGACAGAAAACAGGAAGCUCCUGGCCAGCGUCAGAGUGGUGCAGAGAAACCUGGUGUUUCUAGUGGGGCUGUCGCAGAGACUGGCCGACCCUGAGGUUCUAAAGAGACCGGAGUAUUUUGUGAAGUUCGGGAAGGUCCAUAAAGUAGUCAUCAACAACAGCACCUCAUACGCCGGAUCACAGGGCCCCAGUGCCAGCGCCUAUGUCACCUACAUCCGGUCAGAAGACGCCCUCAGAGCAAUACAGUGUGUCAACAACCUAGUAGUAGACGGCAGAACACUGAAGGCUUCUUUAGGGACGACGAAAUACUGCAGCUACUUUCUGAAGAGCAUGGGGUGUCCCAAACCUGACUGCAUGUAUCUACACGAGCUGGGGGAUGAUGCAGCCAGCUUCACUAAAGAGGAGAUGCAGGCAGGGAAGCAUCAAGAGUAUGAGCAGAGGCUGUUACAGGAUCUGUACCAGAACCCCACCGUUACCAGCCAGACCUCAGGAGGGGAGACGACCAGGAGCUCUAAACCCUGCUCUUUACAGAGAUCCAACAGUAACAACAGUCACGGACAAGACGUGUGGCCGACGUUACAACCCACGGGGAAAACAACCAACGGUCUAUCGGAGCACCGUAAGAGCCCGCCGUCGAACGGCGGCGGCUCGGACUCUGAACACGUGACACCGGAUGGACCAGAACGUGACAUCGGUCUGGCCUCUGUGACUGGCCUCUCGCUCUUCUCCUCAAGCUGUGACCCUCCCAGCCCCAGUGACGCUCUGCCAGACGUCAUCAGGAGCAGUGACACGCAACACGGAGGCUCCUCAGAACGGCACAACCUGCUCCCAGACAGUGACUCUCCGUCGCCCCCUCCUGUCCUCUCCGGCCCUCCUGGUUUCUCCAAAGCCAGCCAAGUGGUUCCCGUCAGUGUGACGAGCCGGUCUCCCUUUCAGGGGGCUGCCGCCGAGUCCCAGUCUCUGUUCUCAGACAACUUCCUCCAUCCUAACCCCAUCCCCAGCAGCCUCCGUGGGUUCCCCAGCACCUCCACACAUAACAACCACGACACCUGGCCCACUGCACCCCAACCACACAGCCUCUUUACUUCAGAUACCAUCCCAGUAUCGUCCUCAACAGACUGGCAGGCAGCGUUCGGCUUCGGCUCAUCCAAACAACAGACGUCAGAAGACGACCUGGGAUUUGAUCCCUUCGACAUCACCCGUAAAGCCCUGGAGGACCUGAUAGAGAAGGAGCUCAGCGUUCAGGACAGCCUCCCGUCCCUCUCCAUCUCCCCAGGUCCCUUCCCCCCCCACCACCACCACUCACUCCUCUCCUCUGUACCCACCCAAGCUGGCGCUGGUGUCCCUGGAGAUCUGAUACCCCGUAACCACUUCUUCUCUGGGCUGAACUCUGGUCUGUCUAGUAAUCACUGCUACUCCCAGAUGCACCAACACCCUCAACAACGGGAUGUCUAUAACUCCUUCAGCUUCCCCGGACAGCCUCCUCUGCCUCCAUCAUCAUCAUCAUCAUCGUCUUCAUCACAGACCGGCCGUCCCCCCUGGAUGACGUCCUCCGCGGCUGUAGGCUCGGCUCCGACGCGCAAUAACUUCACCACGCACUUCGGCGGUAACCGUCCGGCGUCACAACACAGCAGCUUCCUGGAUCGGAUGCUGCCCAGUAUGCGUCACCACAGUACAGGGCUGGGAGGCAUCGCCAUCACAGGUAAUACAUACCAUAAUAAUGUAUACAGUGCCUUGGGAAAGGAUUCGGACCUCUUUCCCUAUUUACACAUUUUGUUACGUUACAGCCUUAUUCUGAAAUGAAUCUACAAACAAUCUACAAACAAUACCCCAUAAUGACAAAGCAAAAACUGGUUUUUAGAAAUGUUUGCUAAUUUCUUAAAAAAAAAAAAAACUGAUAUCACAUUUACAUAAGUAUUCAGACCCUUUACUCAGUAUUUUGUUGAAGCACCUUUUGGCAGCGAUUACAGCCUCAAGUCUUCUUGGGUAUGACUCUACAAGCUUGGUACACCUGUAUUUGGGGAGUUUCUCCCAUCCUUCUCUUCAGAUCCUCUCAAGCUCUGUCAGGUUGGAUGGGGAGCGUUGCUGCACAGCAAUUUUCAGGUUUCUUGAACCCGAUGUUUGAUCAGGUUCAACUCUAGGCUCUGGCUGGGCCACUCAAUGACAUUCAGAGACUUGUCCCAAAGCCACUCCUGUUUUGUCUUGGCUGUGUGCUUAGGAUCGUUGUCCUGUUGGAAGGUGAACCUUUGCCCCAGUCUGAGGUCCUGAGCGCUCUGGAGCAGGUUUUCAUCAAGGAUCUCUCUGUACUUUGCUCUGUUCAUCUUUGCCUCAUUCCUGACUAGUCUCCCAGUCCCUGCCGCUGAAAAACAUCCCCACAGCAUGAUGCUGCCACCACCAUGCUUCACCAUAGGGAUGGUGCCAGGUUUCCUUUGGUAUUCAGGUCAAAGAGGUCAAUCUUGGUGUCAUCAGACCAAAGAAUCUUGUUUCUCAUGGUCUGAGACUCUUUUGGUGCAUUUUGGGGAAACUCCAAGCGGGCUGUCAUGUGCCUUUUUAUUGAAGAGUGGCUGGCGUCUGGCCACUCUACCGUAAAGACCUGAUUGGUCGAGUGCUGCAGAUGGUUGUGCUUCUGGAAGGUUCUCCCAUCUCCCAUAACAUGAUACAGUCCAGACUCCCAGUACAGACUCAGUGGAGAGAUAACAUGAUACAGUCCAGACUCCCAGUACAGACUCAGUGGAGAGAUAACAUGAUACAGUCCAGACUCCCAGUACAGACUCAGUACAGAGAUAACAUGAUACAGUCCAGACUCCCAGUACAGAGAUAACAUGAUACAGUCCAGACUCCCAGUACAGAGAUAACAUGAUACAGUCCAGACUCCCAGUACAGACUCAGUGGAGAGAUAACAUGAUACAGUCCAGACUCCCAGUACAGACUCAGUGGAGAGAUAACAUGAUACAGUCCAGACUCCCAGUACAGAGAUAACAUGAUACAGUCCAGACUCCCAGUACAGAGAUAACAUGAUACAGUCCAGACUCCCAGUACAGAGAUAACAUGAUACAGUCCAGACUCCCAGUCCAGACUCCCAGUCCAGACUCCCAGUACAGACUCCCAGUACAGACUCAGUGGAGAGAUAACAUGAUACAGUACAGACUCCCAGUACAGACUCAGUGGAGAGAUAACAUGAUACAGUCCAGACUCCCAGUACAGACUCAGUGAGAAUCAUAUCAUUGGUGAUAAUGUAUGGAAUAUAGUCAGUGAGAAGGACUUGGGGACAAUGUAUUUAAAUAGUCAGUGAGAAGGACUUGGGGAUAAUGUAUGAAAUAUAGUCAGUGGGAAGGACUUGGGGAUAAUAUAUGAAAUAUAGUCAGUGAGAAGGACUUGGGGAUAAUGUAUGAAAUAUAGUCAGUGAGAAGGACUUGGGGAUAAUGUAUUUGAAUAGUCAGUGAGAAGGACUUGGGGAUAAUGUAUGAAAUAUACAGUAGUAUAGAUACAUGUAGUGCUAUAUACUUAGUCAAUACGCAUCCAGGUUCCAAACUAGCCGUGUUUAUAAUGGAGACAUGGACUCUGCCAGUGGCAGCUACGACUGGGGAAAAGCCCAGCCCUGCAGCUCUUUUUAUUUAUUUGUUUUUUGUCCACAAACAAUCCCAUGAGGUCAUUGAAUUGCAUUGCAUUGUGGGUAAGUAAAAGGUAAACAUGAGCGAGAGAACCACUGGGUGGCAGCACUUGAUUACCCUAGUAUUGGUGUAGUGGCUGGAAUGACCAUCAGAUCAGACUGACCCAGUCAGCACAACAGUAUAGAAGAUGUCAUAGGAUGUUAAUGCCAGGGUCAAAUGUACAGAUUAUGCAUCACUGUUUGGCUACCUAGCUUUGAAAUAAUGUAUAAUUAUAAAAAUAAUAAUAUAUAGUAAAUUGAUCAAAGAAUCUAAAUGCAUAUGGUUAGGUAGUUGAGCUGCUACGUUGUCUGAAAACCAUUUUACUACAAUCCAGCUUUCUCUCUGACUGACAGACAACUAAAUCCUCCCAGGACUAGUCAGAUCUGUCUGACCAGGAGAGGAAUCAGACCAUGUGGUCUCUGACCUGAACAACCUCUUCCUGUGUGAAGAACAGGACUAGUCAGAUCUGUCUGACCAGGAGAGGAAUCAGACCAUGUGGUCUCUGACCUGAACAACCUCUUCCUGUGUGAAGAACAGGACUAGUCAGAUCUGUCUGACCAGGAGAGGAAUCAGACCAUGUGGUCUCUGACCUGAACAACCUCUUCCUGUGUGAAGAACAAGACUAGUCAGAUCUGACCAGGAGAGGAAUCAGACCAUGUGGUCUCUGACCUGAACAACCUCUUCCUGUGUGAAGAACAGGACUAGUCAGAUCUGUCUGACCAGGAGAGGAAUCAGACCAUGUGGUCUCUGACCUGAACAACCUCUUCCUGUGUGAAGAACAG